AUCAUGAUGAAAGCACCUAUUCAGUUUACACAAUAACAUAAAAUUCACAAAGUUCUAGUUCAGAAAAUCAAAAUUAUUUUUCUCCUUUAUGGUGUUUAGAAGGAAUUUAUUUUAUUUUUCAGUAUUAAGCUUUUUCUUACAAGAAAUAUAAUGGAGUAUACGAUAGAAAAUUUGGAACAAGCCGUAGCUGUAUUUUAUAGGGCUGAAACCACUCAACAGGCAGAGGCUCAUCAUUGGUUAACGAAGGCCCAGCAUUCAUCCCAAGCUUGGUCUUUUGUAUGGGAACUUCUCGAUCCGCAGCGGAGUUUUCAAGUUCAAUUCUUUGCUGCCACAACACUACACACCAAAUUAAUGAAAUAUUGGGAUGAAGUGCCUGAGAAUCACUAUGAAUAUCUUAAGAAAAACAUACUAGAAGCUAUCAUCAGUUAUGCUAUGGGUCCUAAAAUAGUUUUAAAUCGUCUUUGCAUUGCAUUGUCGGCCUACAUUAUUCAUACUAUACCAAACCACUGGCCUAAUGCUUUUGAGGAACUGGUUUCGAGCUUCCAACCGCAUAACUUACCUGCUAUAGAAUCAGAAAGAGUUAUAUGGAUUUUGUUGGAAAUAUUAACUGUGAUCCCACAGGAGUUUGACAGCACUGUCUUGUCAACAUCCCAAAAAACUAGAGUAAAAACCGUACUUUUAGAAGUAUCCAAAGAUAUAAUGAAGGUUGUUGAAAUGUGUUUAAUGCCUAUACCAGCAAAAGGAUUUGAUAUGUCAAAUCUAACAACUUACAUAACAGCAGCAAGAUGUGGAUCAGCAUGGAUACAUUUGGGUGGAAUGACUAUUGUAGAAUGUGAUUCCGUUUGUAAUUUAUUAAUUGAUCUUAUUUGUUAUGUUUAUUGGAAUAAAACGGAUCCUGAAGGUCCCUCUGCUGAGGAAACAGAAUUAUCUGAAGUAAUUGUAGAAGCUUUAACAAUUAUUAUCCAAGACCCAGUCACUACAAAAUAUAAAUAUUAUGUUACUAAAUUUGCAGCAAAUAUUUUAUAUAAAUUCGAAAAGAUUUUAGAAGCUGAAAGGGCCUCUAGCGAAUUAAAUAAGGAUGUGAUAGCUAAUUUAUAUGGCUUGAUGGUAACAUUAGUUGACAGUCAUACAAAUAUUUUGAUUGACAAUUUCAAGUCAACAAAUGCUGAUGAGCAAAGAAUUAGUUGUGAUCUUCUAAAUUCAUUAUUGAAAUGUACAAAUUUGCCAGGAUCAUAUCCCACAGAUGAGUCUAGUAGUUGCUUGACAUUUGGAUUUUGGUUCACUUUACAGGAUGAUAUUCUCAAUUUUGACGCCGCUGAAUGUGCUCAAUUAUUACUUAUGGUAAAACCGUAUUAUCGAGAAUUAGUUUGCAUACUUCUCAGAAAGUCAAUGCUUCCUUUAGUAGAUGAUACCAGUUGGACAAUAGAAGACAAGGAAGUAUUCCGUUGCUACAGACAGGAUAUUUCAGACACCUUCAUGUAUUGCUACAAUGUCUUAAAUUUGGAGAUGCUGGAUAUAUUAACAACCAAAUUGAAUGAGAUUCUCAACAAAGAUAACAGAAAUCAAUUCUCGCAACCCCCAAAAUGGAAUGAAAUUGAAACAUGCCUGCAUGCAUUUUGUGCCAUUGCUGAAAGUAUAGAAAUGGAGAAUUUGUAUUUGCCAAAAUUAAUCUUAACCAUAAAAGAUAUUCCUUUCAAAGAUUUACAUGUUAGAGUUUUGAUGACAGCUUUGGAAACCGUUGGUGCUUAUUCAGAGUGGUUAACAGACCAUCCAGAUUUGUUGGAAAAUGUUUUUCCCUUGGUAAUUGCAGGCCUGACAGAUCCAGACGUUGCUACUAGUGCCACAAUGGCAUUGAAGGACAUCACUCAGACUUGUCAUAAGUUUUUGUUACCAUAUGCCGAUCACAUUUUAAUAGCGUCUCAGUUGGUGCUCCAAAGUGGCUCUUUAAAAUUAGCAGAAUGUACAAGACUGAUGUACAGCGUGGGUAAAGUUUUAAGUAUUAUGCCAGUUGGAAGGAUAAUGGAUUUCCUCAAUGUCACUCUGGCUCCCACUUUUGAAGACUUUCGAAAAUUGUUACGUGAAAAACCUAGCCCCAGUGUUGCCAUGUCUCUAAUGUCAAGAUUGAAAGUUUUAUCAUCAUUGUUUAGUUCACUUUAUGUCCAAGUGGAGGAGAAUGUGGAAGAGAAUGUUGAGCAGCCAGUUUAUUUGAUAAUGGAAAAUACCAUGUCCUAUUACAGCGAAAUUGCCGAUAUUUAUAACACCAAUCAAGAGGUUAUGGUGGACUUAAGUGUGCUCCUAAAAGCCGUAGUGACAACAUUAAAAGAUGACUGCAAGCCACUAAUAAAAGACAUACUCCAAAUCGUUGUCACUUCUUACAGAGAAAAACCACAAGUUCACAUAUUGGUAGUUGCUAAAACUAUUGUAAUACUAUUUGGACGAUCUGAAGAGUUUCGGCAGAUAAACCAACAGCUUGUGCAGGAAAUUUGUAACAGAACACUAUUAAUUUGUGCUGAAUGUAACAACAAUAACACACUUUCUGAUAUAACUGAAUUAGUUGAAGGAUUCUUUUUGAUAAUGACAAGUUUUGUUAAAAAAGUCCCUCAGUUGAUUUUUAGCAAUGCAAUUGAUACUUCUGCUUUGUUUCAGUGUGCUAUUUUAUGUUUAGUGUUAGUAGAAGCGCAAACAGUUAGAGCAAUAUCCAGUUUUUUGGCAAAUUUCAUAACUCAAAGCCGUGAAGUAUCUCAAGUGGAUGUGGUACAAACAUAUGGAGAAGGUUUAGUAUUACGAAUACUUUUAAAUUUGGGUAGUUCAUCUCCUCGAGCUUGUUUUGACCCCCUGAGUGAUAUAAUUUUAGCAUUAAAUAAAAAAUACUGUGAUAAUUUGAGUAGAUGGUUGAAUACUCUUCUGGCUCAGGAAAAUUUUCCGUCUUCUAAGAUAACCGCUCAACAGAAAGAGACGUUUAUAAAAAUAGUUUUAAGAGAAAAGGCAGGCAAAAGAAAAUUAUGUGAUUCCGCCUUGGAGUUUGCUCUUAUCUGCAGAGGAAUAUUAAAACAAGAUAAACAUUUACCUUGAGCUGCAUACUUCAACUAUUUAAUUUAUUAAGUAAAAAUAAUUGAUGUGUACAUAGAUAAUUAUUAAAAUUUAACAAUUGUCCAAACUUAAUGUUAUUUAUUUAUUGUUUUGUCUAAUACUCCAUACUUUUCCAUUAAUUCUUGUUUUCUUCUCCUCAGCAAGGCUUGUUCGAUUUCUUGUUGUGAUGGAACUGGUACGUGAGCCACAAAUCUUUGUUGUGACCCAUCGAGAAGUUGCUGACUUGGAUCUUCUAGUAUUUCAUCUUUCUCUACGUCCUCAUCAACUGCAUAUACACUUACUUCUUGAUCCUCUUCAUCCGAAGCUUCACCUGCAGCCUUUCUAGCUUCUUUCUUUGCCUUCCAUUCUGUUACUGCUUUUUGGACAGCUAUUUUUUCAGCUUGCAUUUCGAGUGGUAUCAAAAUACCAUCAUCAUCAUCCAUAUACCCAUAAUAAUCUGCAUCAAUAUCUUUCAUUAGCUCUGCCCGGGUCUUUCUAGGAGGAGGAGGUGGUUCUUGUUCAAAAAGCUCUCUUACACCAGGUAGCUCUUUUGCUGCUCCAAAAUAUUUGUAUCCUCUAUUUCCUGGUACUUCCUUUCCUUCAUGAUCCAACAUUCGAGGGCCGAUUUUCUGAUAAUCAGGACCACCAAGUUCUUUUAGUUGGUCUUCCCAGUGCCGUUUCUCCCUGAGCAAUUUGUUAAUUUCGUCGUUCAAAUCCCUUAUUCUAAAUUCACCUAAACCAGCGUUUUGAAUCUGAGCGACUUUUUUAGCUAUUUCUCUGAUAAUGUGCAUACGCCAUUUCUCACAUGCAUACAAGCUUUUGCAAUCCGAGGCUAGAUAAGGUCUUCUUCUCUUCGAUUUAUCAAUUUCCCCUGCUUGUGCUGCCCGCCAUCUUGCGAGUGUUGUCAUCGCCUUUUCUGCGUUUCUUGCCUGAA